AACACCGUUAUAAUCUCUAGUCACUUUUCGUAUACAGGCUCAUACUCGUGAUGUAAUGGUAUUUAAUAAAGUUCGCACAAAUCCCCAUUUUUCUAGGAUCGUUUGCCAUAACACGUUGUAUAUACACCUACUUGUUACCCUUCUCAAAGCAUUUAACGCGAAUUGCUGCGGCGACGCCAACUAUGUAGAUUGUGCGAUAAGAAGCAUUUUAUUUUUUCAAAUUUAAAUAUUGAGAUUUUGUAAACAUUUUUGUUAAAAGCUUGAAACAUGUAGUGUUAUUGUACAAUCAUUUGUGAAAAUAAUGUGUACGUGGGAAAAAAAUGUAACGUGUGAAAGACUAUUGAUAUGCACAAUGCAAAGGACACAAUGCAACGAAGGUCAACUAAAUACAAAGCAACGGAUAUAUUAAGUUGAUCACGAUUAUUGUAAUACCCUGAAGUAAUCAUGGGAGACCCUGUAAAAUAUAUACAUACAUAUCUGCUUAUUUGUCGGAACCGUUGAUAUUGGAACACUGUAGCAUAUAUCUGCAAUACAAACUGACUGAUCAUAACCAAAUUCUUGGGAGAAAUCUUUUGAAUUUGUGAAGGAUAUUAUACAUGCAUAUUGUUUGAUUCUUGCAGUUUCUAAAGGACAUAAUCGACUAAAUGUGGAUUUGGUGUCGAAAAAUCAUCAAUAAACGGUGAAGACGACAGCAUGAUAAGUGCAAUAAUAAAUAAUAUUCGUUUACAACCGUUUUUGUAUCUGAUUUUGCACAUUUAUUUAAAUCAUAUUCAAUCUACGUCCCAGAGCAGUUUGAACGAUUUCAUAACUAUGGAGCGUCCAUAUUUUGAUGAUAUUAGCCCACGAAACGUGUCGACAGUCGCUGACGAACCCGCCAUAUUAAAAUGCCGUGUUAGGAACAAAGGCAACCGUACGGUUUCAUGGAUGCGCAAACGAGAUCUUCAUAUUCUAACUACCAACAUUUAUACAUACACUGGCGAUCAACGAUUUUCCGUCUUACAUCCGCCAGGCGGUGAUGAUUGGGACUUGAGAAUCGAUUACGCACAAAAAAGGGAUAGUGGAAUUUAUGAAUGUCAAGUAAAUACAGAGCCGAAAAUAAAUUUAGCUGUGUCACUGGAAGUAAAUGCGGAGGCCGAUAAUAGAGAUAAGAUAACCGAAUCCCAAUACUAUGAUGCAAAAGCGGCGCGUGCGAAAAUUCUCGGCUCAACAGAGAUUCAUGUAAAGCGGGAUAGUACAAUCGCAUUAGCUUGUUCCGUAAACAUUCAUGCAUCUAGCGUGGCUUGGUAUCAUGGCGCAUCGGUGGUUGACUUUGAUUCUCAACGUGGCGGAAUCAGUUUAGAAACGGAAAAAACAGAUGUAGGUACCACAAGUCGUUUAAUGCUGACUCGAGCUUCGCUGCGUGACUCUGGGAACUAUACUUGUGUACCAACCGGAGCAAUACCAGCUUCUGUAAGGGUACAUGUACUCAUGGGUGAGCAACCCGCAGCUAUGCAAACAAGUAGAAGCAAUAUAGUCUUGCAAGCGCGAGUAUAUUUAACAAUUGCCACUUCAUGUAUCAUAACUAUUGUGUAUUGGUACCAAAACUUAAUCAUAUCACAGACGGCUUCCAACUACAAUAUGUGUCAACGAAGGUGAUUGAACACUAGUCGACGAAGUCUUUUUAACUAGUUAAAUGAAACAGAAACAAACUAACGGCCGGCCAAUGCAGGCUUGAAUAUCGAUAUUGAGUACUUAUAAUGGAAUUAUGGAAAGAUAUCCUGGUGUUGUUGUAAUUACGCAUCCCUCAUUUGGUUCCCCAUAUACAUACAUACAUAACAACAAAAUGCCGCAUUAAUCAAAAGAUUUAUAAGAAAAACAAUAAUACUAGUACUCUUAAUUGAAAGUAAUGUAAUAAAAUGAAACUAAUAUACACUAUAACAACAAAUAUACUUAUAUAAUACAAAGAAAUGAGACACAAAUUAUUAUGAAUUAAAUAUAAAAUAUCCCAAAUUAAAACAUAACAGUACGUAAGGGACGAUAUAUGAUGAAUGGAUAACAAUAAAAGUCAACCAAGUUACCAAGUAUAAGAUAUAAAGUAAUGAAUUGAUUGUUAGAAUCGUAAGAGUGGAAACCCAAACAUUCAGUCAUAUUAAUAUAUAAUAUAUAGGAUUAAUGAAUUUUUAAUGAUGAUAAGCAUUUUCAUACAUUGCUGUCAAAUGUUAUAUAAUAUAACGAAGAUAAUUAUGAUAUAUA